AUGAGCCGGCGCUCUUCGAGACAACGCUUCUCCAGGCGCUGCGCUUCGGGAGCGGGCGCCCCCAGGUCUGCGAUGCCAGCGUCGAGGGUGGCCCCGCUCAGGCGCCUCCGGUCCGAGGCGUUCUGGGAGCAGAAGGCGGCUGCCGUCCAGCGGCCGGCAUGCUCGCCCUGGGAGGUGGGCGUGAGGCAGCGCCGCCCGUGCCUCGACGAACGCGACUGCUUCGGGCCACCGGCGGUCGCGACGCCUGCAGCAGAAGGCACCGAAGGCGACGGCGCCGGUGGCAGCCCCAAGAGCUGGGCGGGCGCCAUCUCCAGGGAGUUGCGCCGCGGGGCGCGCAGGCCCGUUGCAGCGGCAGCCCCGCCGCAGCGUUCGGGCCCGCUCUGA